AUGGCGGAGAAGAAGAAUCAGAAGUCCAAUCAAGAGAAGGAGGUCGAGAACCAGGUCAACAAGAUCUGGAGGCAGUUCGGGUCAGAUACCCGACGUAUGAAGAUCGAUCCUUCAAAGGCAGACUGCCUAGUUCCAAUGCUCCAAACAGCAUUACAGCGGCAAAAGGAGGUCCUGCACCCCUCUCGCAUUGAUGAAUUCACAUGGAAGGCGAUUCGUGACUUGACGGUUUCCCAAAUCGAUGAGGCGUUUGGGCUUGCAGAGGAGAAACCUGGAUCCGAGAAGCUACAGCCCUGGCCCCCUCGCAACAUGAUCCCAAUGGAUAUACCGGCCGACUGCUUGACCUCGAUACAACGAGCCAAAAAGUACAUGGCAUACUCAUUCCCAAAUGAGGCUGCUGCUAGGGUCGUAAUCGACGUUGUCCUCUUUAGCAUUCUUGACCAGGUCAUGGAUGGCCACUGCGAUGUCUCGGGCACUUGGCCCCUACAUAUUCAGAUGGAAACCGUCCUAGAGUCGAACCUGGUGACGGUCAAAGGGGAGGAUCAACGGUUCCGCGGAGCCAGCGACUACACUCUUUGGUAUGGCAAAGGGGAUGGGCCUGAAAAGGCAAUCAAUCUCGUCGUGAUUGAGGCAAAGGCUACGGAGCCUCGCGGUCGCUGUGAGACUGGUGAUGAACAGGCCUUGGGUUACAUGGCAUGUGUUCAUCAAGAGAGGCGGUUACAGCCUGGCCGAAGCGCCACUGUCUAUGGCGCCGUGACGAAUGGUAGAGAGUGGCGCUUCAUUCGCAUCAAUGAAGAAGGGAAGUAUAACUUCCACUCAGAGUUUACCACCAAGAGUGGCGAGCAUGGCAGUGAGACUGGCUAUGCCAAGAUAGCCACACUCUUGGGCUUUAUUAUGGGCCAGGCGAUGAUUUUGUCGCCAUACACGUCAAGGAUACACUCGAAGGAAACUUCUCGAGAAGAUGAUGCGCCCAUCCCGGAUGAUUAUGGUCUCUGUUGA